AUGACUUCUUCAAUUUUAGCAAUUAACGGAAAUGGGUUAGAUGAUGACUGGGAAAAUAAAUUCUCAUUGGAGUUGUCUUGGGAGGCACAAAAUUUGCUAGGUAAUAUUUCGCAAUUUUUUAAAUCAAUUGUACUAACAGCAGUUUAGUCAGGUCAGAUUGAGAAUAUAGCUAACUAUAUAACUCAGAAUCUAUAUAGUUGUUCAACUAUUUUUGCUGGAAAAAGGUGUUUAAAAAAUAUUAACUUAUAAUUACCACUUGUAUGGAGGUAUAUAGAAGGGUAUAUACAGCUUUUCAAUUAAGGUUGUCCACGAGCGAAGCGGAAAAGUCGAAUACGAGCGCGAAAGGCUGCUGGGAAUCGCUUUGAAAAUUCAUUAAUUUGUUAACGAUUCCCAGCCGCUCGUAUUCGACUUUUCCGCUUUGCUCGUGGACAACCUUAAUUGAAAUAGCUGUAUAUAGAAGGCCAAACAGAAUCCAAUGUUAUUGUUUGAAAAUCUUUACUUCAGCAUUUCGAUUCAGAAAUUCAAACUUGAGAAGGGUUAAAUUUAAUUAAACACAUAUUAAAUAGAAAAGAAGUCGAACGAUAACUUUUUAGGGUCCAGGGACAGGGCAGAAAAGUAUCUAUAUAUAACAUCUUAAAAAAACCGCAUUAAUAACUCAUGAGGAAAAUACAAAAGAAAUCAUUUACAUAAACUUUAGCUUUGAUUUUCUCGGCUUAGACGUUUAGUAUUAAAAUUACUUCGCCAAUGAACUCCGAUGUUUUUCAGAUUCUUAACCACUCGUUCAAUCCGCAGACCUGUCCCUACUCCCGCACAUAACUGGGGUCUCGAAAGAACGGCAUGCCUUCUUUAUCAACUAUUCUGCAUUGCAAAUCCAUGACAGGAAGGCAGAUCACUCGGCGCAUCCAGGAUGUGACACGGAGAAAGCCAUUUUAAAACAUUCGCAGUCCGUGCUUUAAUUAACAAAUAUAAAACAUUUUCCGUGUUGAUAUACAGUUAUAUCAACACGAGUGGAAAUAGGGAAAACGAGAAAUUGUGUGGAAACACGACGCCCGAAGCAAAGAUUAGAUACUAUAAAGAUGUGUCACUCGACGUAUUUCCCUAAUGUUUGCGUGUCCGUAAUUUUCACUUACUGCCAAAAUGGCGGCGAGACUGAUGGCGUUGGAUUUUACUAUUUAAGAGACUGAUGACUGAUGGCGUUGAAUUUGACACUUACUGACAAAAUGGCGGCUAUAAAAAAAUCUCGGACAUAAUUUUCGCAGAGUGACACAUCUUUAUAGUAUCUAAUCUUUGCCCGAAGGGCGGAGAAAGAAAUUUUCAGACGUUUCCGUGCAUGUUGAUAAAAGAAAUUUUCAGGCGUUUCCGUGCAUGUUGAUAAUGAGUUAUAUCAACACGGCUGUUAGCCAAUCAGCGUUCAGAAUUUACAAAUGCUAUAUUAUAAUAUCAGAUAUAAAACAUUCGAACUGCGCCUCGUAUAAUUUUAUAUCUGAUAAAGCCAGCACUCCUGCUCUGCUACUUAAUUGUUGUCUUCUGGACGGCAUGCACGCACUGAGGAAGUUUCACAGCAGAUUAAUCCUUCGCCUGCUCAGUUUGGUCAUAUAUGACCCUGAUACAACUGACAUGGUCCAUCCAUUUCUUUUUUUUUUAUAAAUUAAUUUUCCCAUGUAUAAAAAAAGCUACUUAAAAUAUAUAUUACAAUAAUUUAAAAGAUUUUGGGCUAGAGACCUACCAGAAAUCUUCAUAGACGUUUUAUUUCAAGAGACCUACUAGAAAUCUUCAUGGACAGUUUAUUUCUAGAGGCCUAUUAGAAAUCUUCAUAGACUUUUUAUUUUUUUCUUUCCUUUGCUACAUGCAUAUACGACCAUUAAUGUGGCACCUUCACCCCAACCAAGCCUGAUUAAUACAAUUAAUUUCGAAAAAUGAACCGUAUAGGUGUUGUUUCUUAAGCAACUUGCUUUUCUUAAAUAGAACGAAAUAGUUAUCUUGGACUGGAAGACGAAUCAGACGAGUUAUUCGCCUUGCGCGAAAAGCCAAUCAAGGAACAUCGUGAGAAACGUGCAGAUCUAGAGCUAACGCAAUCUGGGGGUAGUGCAGGUGAGUGGGAGUUCAUUGCCGAUAUAACGAGGUUCCAUGCAUGGAUAUAUAUUGAUGUUAUGCACAGCUAGGGUGUAUAAUAAAUUCUUAUUAACCGAACGCGAGGUCUGUAUACAUGCAGAGAAAUAUCGGACCGAGGUCUUUUUUGUACAGACCGAGCCCGUAGGGCCAGGUUUGUGCAAAAAGAUCGAGGUCCGAUAUUUCUCUGUACAUACCGAGCGAGCGAGGUUAAUAAAAAGUUUAUUAUGUGGCAUUUAUACUUGAAACAGACAAGAAAUGCAUGAUUUGAAAUGCAUAUAUUAGUAGUGUGGUACACAUUUGGUCGAAGAAAACAAAAAAUACCAAUGGCAAUAUAUCCCUUCUUUUCAACUAAAAACCAUUCGCAGAUAUCUUUUAAAUAACAAAUUAAAUUAUAAUUUUCAAAUUUCCAAUUAGUUUUGCUGUUUUGUUUUAAAAUGCAUGUAUUUGUCUUUACGUAAUGGACCGCCGGUCCACAAUACGGGAAAAUAAUGGACCGCUGAAAGUUCUUCUCAGCCAAUCACAGUCCGCCAUUUCAACGGAAGUGAUCCUUGCCAAAUAAUAAAAAAGGUAAUCCAACUAUAUUGCAUGUUAAUUAUCUUGCAUUAUAUAUAAUUAUUACGUUUUAAUACCAUUUAUACUUUUUUCAUUCAAUAUAUUUGACAUAAAUCCCUCCUUUUCGCUAUUUAUCGUCCUAUACAAAUUGUAAUUGUCAAGAGAUCUACUAAAACUCUACCGAUUGCGACAAAUUAUAUUUCAAGAAAUCCAAUAAUAAAUUCAUUCGACAGCAAGACUGCAACACAUGAUAAUUUUAAUUUAUACAUGUGUGCGAAUUUUAACCUUUUUAUUUCUGUCCCAUGUACAGUAAAUUAGUAAAAUCAUGACACCAUUAUUGAAUAAGGUCAAGGAGUUAAUUUAUUGAAAGAGUGAAUGAGCACCAGCAUAUAUAUAUAGUUUAUUCUCAUAGGCGUAUCGGCCGGGGGGGGGGGGAAUUUUUACGGUCGGGUCGAUUUAGCCGAAAUCCACGUGUCAUCACUGGUGGCCCAAGCUCUGCGUGGGUAUUAUUUUUUUUUUAAAAAUGUUAUAUAUUAUAUUUUGCAUUAAACAUGCACUUUAAAUUAUAAAGUAUAACUUUAUAACCUAUAUUAUUCAUCAUCUAAUAUUACCCUUUACUAAGUGCACAAAUGUAGGCAGCUGUAACGCCGGGCGAACUUGGGCAAGACCUAAAUUUCAACAAAACUCGCCGAUAAAAUAUUGCCAAACGCUUCUAAAGCAGCGGCUACGCAUAUUUAUGUUUAUUCAAUCUUCCUAACUUGUAAAAUCCUUUCCCUCGCUUUUCCUUGAAGAAUUAGAACAACUUAAUAUAAACAAAAGCACUUUCUCCGCACUCGUGAGUCGAUCUGCCCUGGAACCAAACCGUUAAAAUUUGAAUUUUUCAAACCUCGUAACCGCACCUCUCGUUACAAUAUUUCUCCUCAACCCUCCUGAUUUAUUAAUUGCACAUUAAUAGAUCUAUGUAGUAUGCCCCCACACACGUGACUAUCGGCCAUUGCUAUCCCCGUUUAAUAAGUAAUGAUAAAAUAUGGUUAAUAUUUUUUUAACUUUUUGUGCGUUUUUUCUUUCUUUUAUUUCAAAUACAAGUAUAGUUAGCAUAAAUUUUAGAGCAAAUUUGGAUGCUCAGAAUGCAGGAAAUUGCAUUUCAGGGCUUCAAAUUUCAAAAAUUUUCAGGGGGAGUAUGCCCCCAGACCCCCCUAGCGAUUCAUGUGUGGCAUGUCGGCCACAUGGCUAUCCCCCACUAAUACAUUAUCUCACAGAAAGGUCCCUUUUCAAAAAAUGCUCCCUCCCACGGGAAAAUCCUUGAAAAAGGCCCUGAUAAAAUCUCGAACAAAGUUGUAUAUGUGUUCUGUGUAAGCAAAGCGGUCGGGCAAACAAAUACUGUCGCCCCCCCUCCCCCAAACAAGAUUAGACCCGUACGCCCAUGUUUGCUUUUAGUUCAUUUGUCCAUUUUCCCGAAUAUUGACUUAGUGGCGGAAGUUUCACAUAAUUAGAAUUGUUAUAGUUGACCUUUUCAGGUGGAAUCGUGCACCACAUUCAAUAUUUAAUUUAACUCUGCCUGAAAGCAUCCAGUCAGUCAUUUAGACUAAAGCCAACCAAUCCUACGUUUCGAGGGAAAACAUUUGCAUGCAUACUAACACAAUAAUGCACAUGAACAGACCCUUGGCCACCAAAUCGUCCGGUUCAGGCGGUGUCAUGCAAGUAACAAAUUAUAGAUAGACCUUAGUCACCUUACUGCGGUAUACUGGAUCAUAGCCUAUCGAAGUUCGGAAGAUGGCUGUGAAACUAUUAGAAUAACAAUUUAACUCAUUAUCUAUGUUAGUCAACGUUUUUUCCUAAAUCUAGUCCUUCAUCGUCACGUGCGUAUUGUAUUUUUGCCCAACCAACCAUAGCAAUGUUUUAGCAAUUUAGGAAAGUUACGUACCUAUUCGUGACUCGAACAAUAGAGUAAAUUGGAAAACGCUAUUGGUGGAUUUGGCAAAAACAUAAUACACACGUGACGGUGAAGGACCGUAUUUAUGAAUAAACGUUGACCAACAUAUAGAUAACGAGUUAUAUUGUUAUUCUAACGAGUUUCAUAGCCAUCUUCCCGCCACAACAGCCUAAUGAUUAGCACUGCCUGUUUUCGUGUCUAUAUAUUAUACCCGGAAUGCCAUUGUCGUAAAACUCUUUGAAGUCACGAUGGGUAGAUUUAACAGUGCACAGUGACUGUAACGGAGUUAAUUUGAAGUACAUAAAUAUUAUACUAGGGUUGUCAAAUAUUUCUAUCCAAAUCUGUUGAGUCCUGUCGAGUUCUAUCAUGCUAAUCAAUCACUUAUGUGAAUGGUAUAAUGAUGCAACAGCGAUUACACCAAUAAAUGGUACAAUUAGUGCAACACUAACCACAUCAGUUAUUAUAAAUCAUUCUACAAUUAAUGUAACAACGACCAUAUCAUUAAAUUAAAAUUCGUCUUGUCAACAGAUAUUGACGAAUGUUCAUUACCCAUCGAUUGUUGUGAUCCAAAUGCUAUCUGUCAGAAUACUCCUGGCUCGUUUGUGUGUACAUGUGGUCCAGGCUUUGUUGGAAACGGGUUCAAUUGUUCUAGUAAGUAUUCCAGCUUAACACUUCACUACAUUUCAUUCUACGAAACUGUUGAACAAAUAACGUAACUUAUUUAUUCUAUCCAAGACCUGAAACUGAAGAAGCCUCCCAAACUGUGAACAAGACAUGUCUAUGCUGAAUAAUGAUCGACCUUCAUUUUUGUAGUUUCAUUCGUCGAUAGAAACGACCUUUCAGCCAAUUGCAGCUUCUAUUAGCUAUAGAAGCAUCACAAACCAGUGACGCGGUUUGUUUUCAAGAUCAAAAGUGACGUCAAAUGGCGUGUAAAUAUCUAGUACGAGCCUAGUUGAGUUUCCUUCACAACUCUUUCUGAUAUGUGAAACAAAUAGAAAACAUUGUGCUUAUAGUCUGUUCUGUUAUAGAUAUACACAGAUACAUUAAAGAUAUACAACGUCACAAUCAGUCGCCCACUCGUGGGCCACUUUUUAAUUCUUACCACAUACAUGAGAUCAUACUGCGUACAGUAACUGAAUAGACAACGGCAAAGUGUAAUACAGGGUGUCCCCCAAAAAACCAAAACUAUUGAAAUAACGUAUAUUGUUAGAAUUUGAAUGCCUCAGUACUUUGAUUAACCCACAAGUGCAUCAAAGUUUGACAUAAGUAAAUUUUAUGGAUAAAGAAACUGUAUAAGAAGCUGCUUUAAAUUCUCAAGAGCAGAAAGUCGUGCGUUUUACAAAGAUAUUUUAAUUUCUUAAUAAGUCAUUAAUAUUUAACAUAUGCACCCUGUCAACAUUUUACGCAUCUUUGCGUUCAGCUUAGUGCUAGGGUAUUCGAAUUUUAACUGAAUACGUUAUUUCAAUGGUUUGGGAUUUUUUGGGGACAUCCUGUAUAUCUAAUAAUUACAUGCUACAGUUAAUACAACGGUGACCACAGCAGCGACGACUGGUCCUACGGUUGGUACAACGGUGACCACAGCAGAAACGACUGGUCCUACGGUUGGUACAACAGUGACCACAGCAGCGACGACUGGUCCAACGGUUGGUACAACAGUGACCACAGCUGGAACGACUGGUCCUACGGUUGGUACAACGGUGACCACAGCAGAAACGACUGGUCCUACGCUUGGUACAACGAUGACCACAGCAGCCACGACUGGUCCUACGCUUGGUACAACGGUGACCACAGCAGAAACGACUGGUCCUACGGUUGGUACAACGGUGACCACAGCAGAAACGACUGGUCCUACGGUUGGUACAACGAUGACCACAGCAGCCACGACUGGUCCUACGGUUGGUACAACGGUGACCACAGCAGCCACGACUGGUCCUACGAUUGGUACAACGGUGACGACAGCAGCGACGACUGGUCCUACGGUUGGUACAACGGUGACCACAGCAGCGACGACUACGGCUGGUACAACAGUCACUACAGCAACGACUGAUCCUACAGUUGCCAUAAUACCAACUACACCAGUGACCUCUGCAACAACUGAAUUGGUAAUUCCAACCGAGAACACGGUUACGUUCGUAAUUGUUAUUACAAUCGUUGAUGAGUUCAACGUCGAUCUGCAGAACCGCGAGAGUCCAGCUUUCAGAAAUACGAGAAGAAGGUUUUUCUUAUUCUUGAUUCCGUUGUACCAAGGUAUACCUGGGUUUAUUGGCAUUGUCAUAAUCUCAUUCUCUCCAGGAAGUAUCAUUGCAGAUAUUAAUGUAAUAUUUAAUUCAACCGAAACGACUCCAUCAGUCCAGCAAAUUCAAGCACCAAUUGUGCAAGCGAGGGAUAAUGGAUCUGCUCCGUUCAUUAUUCAAAAUUUAAAAGUUACAGAAAAGGGCGUAGCAGAGGACGAGGAUGGUCUUGAACCGUGGGAGAUUAUCUUGAUUGUUUGUCUCAUUGUUGUGCUCCUUAUCCUAGUUUUGGUUUCGAUUUUGGUACGUAUUCUUUGCCUUGCCUUUGUAUUGCAACUCAUACUGCAACUUGAUGUACCAUUAAUUGGGCAAUUCCACAAGAGAACUGAGAAAACCCCAAAAAAUUAGACCAGGUUUUUUUAGACAUGGAUUUAGUCAAAACACAGCGUAAAAAAGUGUAAAUCACAUCCUAGCCAUCAUCUUUCAUUUCGUUCCAGAUUAUUGUCAAUAGGAGAAAUAAAAAAUGGAAAAGUUAUUCAGGUUAUAAUUACGAUGGAAAUGACCUCAAUUUGGAUUAUGGUCUUUAUUCCUAUGAUGAUGUUGGUACACCUUAUUCAACGUCAUCGAUCUGAUCACAUUGCGGUAAGAACACAUCUCUUAUACUAAAUAGUAAAUAUGUUAUGCACGCAAGACCUGAAAAGUACCUGUUUUUAUUAAUAAAGCUUAUUUAAAGGCAGGAAUUUUCGACUUGCAAGAAAAAUGUCGCUGUCGAAAUUUUCCCCUCAAUUUCUUUUCAAUUGUGAGCGGUCAAGUAGAACUUAUUUAUUCGGAUGGUCACAAUUCAAAAGAAUUCAACCGAAAUAUGUUCCUGGAAGUGGAAAUCCUCCCUUUAGUUUAGUUUCAAAAUAUGAUAUAUAUAAAAUCUUGUUACAGUCUGAUAUCAAGCCCAACCAUUGAAAUAUUUUGACUGAAAGCAGUUUCGAUUAGCUGUCCGCCAUCUUGGUGCGAGGUUAUCUAGUGGGUCUAGAGGCAUAUUCCCCCCGAAAAGUUUUGAAAUUCCUUUAAUUCAAUUUCAGUUGAGACUGCGUUGUAUACAUGUCAUCAUGGAUAAUAAAAUAAAUGUAUAGGACUCUAGAUGACGUAAGCAAAAACAACCUAGUUGCAAUCUGUGACGUCACGCGUAUUGCAAAGUUCUCGGCAUUUUUGUUGUUUCGCUAUGCUUUCCGCUUUAAAAGAGUAAUAUUGAAGCAUCAACUGGUCUAAUUGUUUUAAAAAUAUGCCUAAGUCACGACAAAGUAUUCAAGGUAAAUGUUUUUCGUCUUUGUUUUGUAUUUUUUUAAUUUGUAGCUACGAAAUUGGCGUCCCCAAUUUUAACGAAAUUUGGGAUGCACUUUUCACUGUUUAGUGCUUGAAAAUAUUUGCUAAAAUUGACUGGGAAUACUUAGAGAUUUGGCGUAGUUAUAUCCAUUUGCUCUUUGACUAAAAUGUUUAGCUGUAUUAUUGCUAAACAUGCCGUUAAGAGAAUUUGGUUUGCAACUAGGUUUCAAUAUCCAGCCACGCCAUCAUCCCAUUGAAAACAUUAGGUCACGUCAGUUAGUUUCCUAUCCAUUUAUUUUAUUAUCCAUGAUAUCAUAUACAAUAUUUCACAGAAAAUGUAUUUCAGAACUUUGAAAUCUGAUUAUGCCAAUUAUUAGAUUAAUACAAUAAGAUAAAGUUAGGAAAAGCAAGAGAACUUUUUCGCAUUUCCACCAUAUUUCGAGAGCAAUAUCUGACGCGUAUUUUGCGAAUUCGAUGGCCUAAUUUAAAUUCUACCAUACCAAACUUACUUCGAAUUUGUCCCUCCCGUGUUGUUUUCUUCAAAGAUUUUGGCAAAAAUAAAAAUCUUGGAGAAACUGGGUGGACAUGUACAAUUAAGUGUACCAUGCACGUGGACCCCAGUCCAACUACAGGUUUAAUACCUAUUAUUAUUUAUUUAAAAAAUUCCUGGUUUCCGAUUGUUUAUCAGCCAACUGUGAAAUUGUCAUAUCAACUCAAUAGCUAACCAAAUAUGGAUUUUUCACAUUCAUAUUGCCAAAAUGACGUCAAAGAGUCAACAUGAAAAAAAUUUGGACGCGUUUGCGCCAUAUUACUAUGACGACGAGAAUCAUAUUGACUCGCUGACGCCAUUGAUAUGACGACGACGACGGCUGCAGAAGGACUAAGGAAUUGUUUUUUUUCUUAAUACAAAUAAUAUACAAAUGGCUUCUUUCACGGAAAGGUUCGCCAAACUUGGCGAAGCCGAAAUUUAAAAAUUACUGAAAGAUAAAGAUUCGUUAAAUACAAAAAGAUCAACAAAAGCUUCUAGAAUAGGUAAGAACACUUUUCCAAAUUAUAUUCUUUUGGAUUGGAUUGGAAAACUUUAUUUAAUCAGGUUAGCCUCUUCAACUGAAAGCUGGUAUUCAUGAGGGACCUGCAUUUAAAUUAUUUUACACAAAUGUAUGUAGUAAUAAGAUCUAAACAUGCAAUUCACACUAUCAAUUACGUAAAUAAUUCCAAAUUAGAGUUUUGAAACUAGAAAGUGUUGUUGCCUCUAAUAGGUAAUUUAUUAUAUUGUAAAGGUCCAUUAAAUCUAAAGGUUCUCUUUAAGAGAGAUUUUCUUGAUUGGCUGAUUAACGCGGGCGAACAAAUGGAUGACCGUUUGUUUUGAUUUUUUUAAAUAAAUAAAAAAAAUUAUUGAAUUCGGUUUUCGCACAAUAUGAAGAAUUAUCAAGCCCUCAGUUUGCUGUUAUCAACCUCAGCCUUCGGCUUCGGUUGAUAACGGCAAACUUCGGGCUUGACAAUUCUUCAUAUCGUACUCAACCUCAUUCAAUAAUUGUUAAUCGUUGGGCACCUACAACUGUUCUUGAAUAUGACAAAACACAUAGGGGAGAAAAAUAGGGGACGGGAGGCGGACAAAAAUUCCCCCGACAUUGGAUGGAAAUUGCAAUAGUCCGACAUUAUCGUGGGUUUAUUGAUAGAUGAAUAGAAGGUAAAUAGAAAGAAUACAUGUACAUCUCCUACACAGACGAGCAGAAAUAAAACGAUUGCCCAAUUUUUUAACUAGAAUCUGCCCGACUAAACACUGUGUCUCGUACGCCUAUGGCAAAACAAUUGUCAAUAUUUUGUGAUCGUGUUUCUUAACAAAGCACUCCUACUUGUAUUCGCGUUUUAUCAUAUCUAAGAUGAUCGCGCUAUACGCUCUGGUCGUGCUUUAAAUAUUACUGUGACAAUAUAAUGAAAAGUAUUACACCUACUGAUGCCUAUAUUCUUUUACUUUUCUCUAGAAUUACGCAGAGUCAAUUCAAUAAACCUGGAUGUUUUAUCUAGUUAUACACUGAGCACUCCGAACAUUAGAGCCAAAUACAACACAAAAAAUAAAGCGCAAAAACAUAGUUGAGCACAUUUAUAGAAAUAUUAUUACACGCACAUGUAAUAAUAUUUCUAUAAUGAUUAAUGUUCCUACUACUUACUUGAUUUACAUGUGCAUCCAGAGGAAAUACGUAAAUCAGAAUGUUAGUAUCAGCAGUCCAAGAAUUUCCUAUUCAGGAAUAUUGCUAUUUAACAUAUCAACUGUGGCCAUCGUUGGGCGUGAAACCAGCAGUCAUCAAAAUUAAUUAAUCUCCAGGUAUAUAUAAUCAAACAAGAUAAAUGAACUAUUGCUUGUAGUCAUAAUAAAACUUGAUAGUAAAUACGCAGGUGUGUUUAACUUCAACUCUUUUGUCGUGACCAGUGCACUGGUCUUAGAUUAACACCAUG